AUGCCGGAAAAUGGAAAUGAAAAUCAGAAUCAGCCCUCGGUCUUUGAGCGAUUCUCUCCGGCUCGAAAAAGAAUCAUCACGGUUGUGCUCUGCUACUGCGGGCUUCUCACGCCCAUCAGCUCCACCGCUGUGCUCUCUGCCAUCCCUGAAGUCGCUGCCACAUUCCACACGACGGGGUCCAUCAUCAACGUCUCCAAUGCCUUGUUCAUGGCCUUCAUGGCUCUCGGCCCAAUGAUCUGGGCCCCUAUAUCCGGGGUCUUUGGUCGACGUCCUGUCUUUCUCAUCUCGAGCACCUGCUUGACGGCUUUCAGCGUGGGGACGGCCCUGGCGCCGAACCUUCCUGCGUUCUUUAUCUUUCGCAUGCUGAGUGCACUUCAAGGUACCGCCGUUCUGGUCGUCGGGGCUGUGGUCAUCGGGGAUAUAUACCUGCCCACGGAACGAGGAACCGCGCUCGGUUGGUUCUUGUCGGGUACGCUUAUCGGUCCCACGAUAGCUCCUUUGCUAGGCGGGAUAAUCGUGACCUAUACAUCCUGGAGGGUCAUUUUCUGGACGCAGACCGGCAUGGCCGGUCUCUCAAUGAUUCUCGUGUUUUUUUUGCUUCCCGAGACCAUCCAUGAGAAGAAGACGCAGGUCUUCGACAAUCUGUCCCUAACUCAGAGGUCAACGCGACUGCUGCGCCUGAUAAACCCGACAGAGAUCGUGAUGCUGCUCAUCUCCUCUCCCAACUUCAUGAUCGUCGGUCUGGCGGUCUCCUCGUUCAUGUGGAAUCAGUAUUCGCUGCUCACGCCCAUCCGCUACGUCCUGAACCCCCGAUUCCAUCUCACCACGCCGCUGCAGUCUGCCCUGUUCUUCAUCGCCCCGGGUGCGGGCUACUUGACCGGGACGUUCUGCGGCGGCCGCUGGUCCGAUUAUAUCGUGAAGCGAUACAUGGCGAAACGAGGGCGACGCGUCCCCGAAGACCGACUGAACAGCGCGGUCAUUAUCAUGGCUAUUCUGGUGCCGGGAUGCAUGCUGGUGUACGGGUGGGCCGUUGAGAAGGAAGUCGGUGGGAUUCCGCUCGUCGUGAUCGCUAUGUAUCUGCAGGGAGUGACGCAGCUGUUGUGCCUGCCGAGUCUCAAUACGUACUGCGUGGAUGCGAUGGAGGACAGUGGGAAGGGAUCGUUGGUCGUCGCAGGUAAUUAUCUGACGAGGUUUAUGUUCGCGGCGGCGAGUACGGCGGUCUGUCUUCCUGCUAUCCAGGCCAUUGGGGUGGGGUGGUUCAGUACUAUAUCAGCUCUUUUCAUCUCGGUUUCAGCCGGGUUAGUAUGGCUGGUCGCGAAAUACGGGGAGGGAUGGAGGUUGAAGCGAGAGGGGAGAUGA